UCCCAUACACAAACCUUCAAUCUGAUUGCGAACUUCAGUUUCGAAUCACCUUCCGAGAUUUAAACCUUAAUAUUCUCCGACGGCGUAGAUCCACCACCCGACAAACCCAACCAAUUCCAAUGUCCAACUCCCGAACCAAACGCCAGUUCGCCGGCGCAGCGAGCGACCCGGCCCAGCGCUCCAUCACCUCCUUUUUCAAAAUCACACCGUCCAGCGAUGACUCACAAUUCGAUUCUACCAGCAGCGCAUCGUCUGCAAAGGCCGCUCCCCUAAACGGCCCAGUCCUCCCGCCCACCAUCCGAUCCAGUCUCCUGAACGUCGGCAUGCGCGUGCGCAAGUCCGUUCCGGAGGGCUACAAGACCGGCAAGAUCGCAUCGGGUUUCCCCUCCUGGAUGGACGACAGCAACAACACCAACAGCAAUCACAUUGCGGGGUCCGGCGCAAGUGCAUUUGCAGGAAACAACGGCCACAACCGUCCGGUAUCGGCCGCGCCUCCCGCUCCCGCCGUCACCGCCGCCAGCAGUGCCAACCGGGAACUCACCCCCUUUUGCGGGAUCCACAAAAUCGGCGGGUACGCCGUCCAAGACGACAAUAGCGCUUCUGCUCUAAGCAGCCAGGAUUCCAACGCCAGCAGCGUCUUCUCCAACCCUUCCUCAGUCCGCUUUGCGACGACGCAGCAGGUCCAGGAUGCCGCCAAUCGCAAGCGCAUCCACGAAGACGGAAGCUCGGAAGAAGGCGGUGCAGGACUCUUUGGAGAAGACAUGGAUUGGCGUCGUCGCGAGGAGUUUCACGAUGACCAAGAUGAGGAGAGAGCCCCGCGCAGCUUGGAGCCCAUGGCUUGGUGUGGUGGAGGCAGCAGGACGAAUACUAUUGCGAAUGAUAGGGUGAUGGCGGUGCCGAAGAGACAGGGGAGUCAGUUUACUCAGACUACGAUUAACUUUGGCGGCUAUGUUCCCCAGUCUUCUGGUGUCGCCCCGGUAGAUGAUUUCGAGGAGGCGCCGUUUUUGGAUUAUGGGUUAAGUCAUCGUGGGGGAAGAAGUGGAGAUAUGGAUAUGGAUUAGAGGUGACCUAGUCUGGCGGUUCCUUGUUUGUGUUUGUUUGAUUUCAUGGUGGUGGGGUUCUUCUUUUUGCACGCUUGUCCUUCUCUACCUCGACCUGACUUUUACGCAUCGGUGCAUUGUUCGCAUAUUGUAUGGCGUUUAUGGAGUUUGUUACGAGGUGGUUGAGGCCGGCAAGCACUCGUUUAGAUGGGAGCAGGAGCAUACGCGUCUUGUGUAUCGUCUAUCUUGUAGUUAUAUCGAACCCUCAAGG